AUGAAGUUCGAAUUUGGCGUGGCCGGUUUUGCAGUUGUCGUAUCUACCGUGCGUGGUGCCGAGCAAUGGCCUCUUUCAGGAAAUAUCAAGCAUCAGAGCACUGUACUCCAACAUUCAUUGAUCGACAGCUGUGAAGAUGCUUGCCAGACGCUGAGGAAACAGUAUCCCUCUCAAGUCAGCUUCUCCAAUGAGGAAACAUACAGCGCCGAGCUCUCGCAAUUUUGGUCUCUUCAGCAGUCUCAAACAUUGCCCGCAUGCUUUUUCCGUCCCAAAACCUCGCAAGAUGUUGCGUCGGCGAUUCUUAUCUCCCAAAAAACGGCAUGUCGAUUUGCAGUAAAAUCAGGAGGCCAUGUGCCCUUCGCUGGUGCAUCGAAUGUCGCUGGCGGGAUUACCAUCGAUCUUGCGGAGCUCAAUGAGGUUACCGUGAACUCAGACAGAAACACGGCCACUGUAGGACCAGGAAACAAUUGGGGCAGUGUCUACAGACAGCUUGAAAAAGAACAGAAAACCGUCGUCGGUGGACGCAUCGCUACAGUUGGUGUCGGCGGACUGACUCUUGGAGGCGGCAUCUCAUUCUUCAGCAACAUAUACGGACUGGCAUGUGACAACAUUGCAACCUACGAAGUGGUCACCGCAACUGGCGAUAUCAUAACUGCCUCCGCAACUUCGAACCCGGAUUUAUUCUGGGCUUUGCGUGGCGGCGCCAGCAACUUCGGGGUGGUUACCAGCUUCGAAAUGCAAACCUACCCGCAGGAGCAGAAUCUAAUGUGGAUCGGAAAAGUGCUGCAUCCGUGGACAGAAAGAGCAAGUGUUAUCAAGGCAUUUGCUGAUUUCGGCACCAAGGAUACUGACGCCAACGCUACGCUCCUCUUCAGCUUUGUAUACCUCCAGAAGCAGGAUCAAUACAUCAGUGUCAGCGAAAUGGAUUACGCAACAUCCGUUGCACAAGAUGCACACCCUCCUGUAUUUGAUGCAUUCUUCCAAGUUCCGAAUAGUAUGCAGGCUUCAAAGGAAACCAAAACAAUUGUCGACGUCAUUGAGGCGCAUAGUGCCUCCAACCCUAACGGACUAAGACAAAGCUAUUGGACUGCGACUUUCAUCCUCAGCCAGUCACUAGCAGAGGAGAUAGUCGAGAUGUGGAAGGAAGAAAUCGAUCCCAUCAAGUCGCACGUCACUGGUUUUAUUCCAGUGCUGACUUUGCAGGUCAUCACUGUCCGCAUGAUGGAGCACAUGGAGAAGAAUGGAGGGAAUGCUCUGGGACUGGCUGGAAACAAUGAGCCGCUUAUGAUUGCUGCUCCCAGUGCUAUGUGGACUGAUUCGGCUCACGACGAGACUGUACUGUCUGCCUAUUCCAAGUGGCUUUCAAGAAGCAAUGCUAGGGCUAGAAAGUUGGGGCUAGACCAUCGCUAUCUGUAUAUGAACUACGCGAGCCAGUUUCAGGAUCCUAUAAGGGGAUAUGGUGAGCUGAAUGUGGAGAGAUUGAAGAGAGUUGCUGAGAUGUAUGACCCCGAAGGAACUUUCCAGAAGUUGCAGCCCGGGCACUUCAAGCUUUGA